AUGGACGGCUACGACUCGGACGGCAGCUCAUUAUUGAGCUCGCCCAAGUCUCCUACUCCCCCUCCUGAAAUGCAGAAGAAUCCCUAUCCCUCUCCGCCCCGGUCCAAGCACUCGUCGCAAUCUGCGUCGCCCUCACCCGACGACCAAAUGGACCCUUCCGACAACCCACGCCCAGCCAAGCGACGCCGAAUCAGCGAAAAGCCUGAACGCACCACCGAGUACCUCGACUUGAGCAAGGGUUUGCGCCCCGACGAAAAGACCCAACUGGAUCGCAUCCUGAAUGUCCUGCACAAACGCCAGAAGAUUGUCGUCGUCGCCGGUGCUGGUAUUUCUGUCUCGGCUGGCAUCCCCGAUUUCCGUUCGUCAACCGGUCUCUUCAACUCCCUCCGUGCCCAGCAUAAUCUCAAGGGUUCCGGAAAGGACCUUUUUGACGCGUCGCACGUUUACAAAGAUGCUUCAUCUACCGCUUCCUUCCACCAAAUGGUCCGAGAAAUGUCCCACAUGACCAAAUCCGCAAAUCCCACCCCGUUCCACCAGAUGCUGGCCACGCUUGCACAACAGGAUCGCCUUCUCAGACUCUAUUCUCAAAACGUCGACGGAAUUGACACGUCGUUGGAGCCGUUAGCGACGCGUAUUCCUCUGCAAAAGGAGGAAGGUAAAUGGCCCAAGACCAUUCAAUUGCAUGGUGGACUCGACAAAAUGGUUUGCUCAAAAUGCCACGAGCUUUCUGAUUUCCACGCGGACCUUUUCGACGGCCCUGUCCCGCCCGUUUGUGGCAAUUGUGAGGAGCUUAACAGGGUCCGCACUGAAGUUGCUGGAAAGCGCAGCCACGGUGUUGGUAUGCUGCGUCCCCGCAUGGUUCUAUACAACGAACACAACCCAGAUGAUGAAGCGAUCGGCGCCGUGACGCGUGAGGAUCUCCGCAAGCGCCCGGAUGCGAUUAUUGUGGUUGGUACGACUCUGAAAGUUCCUGGUGUCAAGAGAAUUGUACGCGAAAUGUGCGCAACUGUACGCGACAGAAGAGAUGGUGUAGCGAUCUGGAUCAACGCAGGCCCUGAACCUUCUGGCAAGGAAUUUGAGGAUUGCUGGGAUAUUGUGGUCAAAGGCACUUGUGACGAGAUUGCGAAACACGCUGCUCUGAGACAAUGGGAUGAGCCAGAUACAGGCCUUCCUGUGUCAGAAGAGACUCUAGAAAGAGCUCGCCAGAACCAGCCUCAGAUCCCGAUAGUACGGACGUUCAAGGCACCGCCCAAGGAUUAUACUCCUAUGCCUUCGCCACAAGCACCAGCAAGUACCCCUCUUACCGGCCGCCGUCAUGGAAAGAUUGUCGACAACUCCUUUACCGAGGAAGAAGAUCUGGUUGACAUCGAGACACCGUCAAGGCGCGCAGAAAAGAAGCCUUCGGCCUUCAACCUACUGGGCAAGCCAACAACGAAUAUCAAAAUCAAGGCUCCCUCAAAAGCUUCGGUCACAAAGGCUACCACAAAGAGAAAUGCGGCAAAGAAAGCUCCACCAAAGCCACAAGGCAGAAUCGAUCAGACUCUCAAGAAGACCAAAACUGCGGCUGCCGCUGCAGCAAUCAAGGCAGAAAAGAACGCCAAAGGUGGUGCUGCAUUCGACGACAUUGCAGCAAAAGAUGUUCGGCUCAAUUCACCACGAGCCAGGUCGUCAGACAGACUUGUCAAAAUCUGA